AUGACACCAGGAUCGAGUAGAAGGCUGAGCAAAUCAAAAACAGUGGGUGUAGUGGGUGCAACGGUAGCAAUUCUAGCCACAUCCUAUUACCUAUACCAAAAAUUAACAAGCGUAAACGACACUAACGAUGCCCUGCCUCGAGAAAGUGACUCUUCGGCCAAAGACAAAACAACAAGGAAAAGCAAAUGUAUUAUAAUGAGUAAGUCUGUCCAAGGGCUGUCUAUCGACUGGAGCGAAUACGUUGCUGACGAAGUGGUUCUUUUGGUCCCUACGAGUCAUACUAACGAAUCAUUCAACCGGGUCAUCAAGGAUGCGUUCUAUAACUCUGGGAAUGAACACAAGGUUAUAUACUGCGAUAGUAUGGACGGACUAUGGUCUUGUGUAAGAAGGUUGCGCAAGUUCCAAUGCAUACUGAACUCUAAGGACUUUGCGGGUGAUGGUGGCGCUACGAUCGUUCCUGAAGAUGUGCAGAGAUUUGUCAGGUUCGUCAUUGACAGUGAUGAGGAAGAUGUGCUAGUUGAUACGAUAUGUAGUUGA